AUGGAGGAAAAUAAUCCUACCACAAAUCAGAACUCCUUUUCGACGCUCGGUCCAGUCGAAGGAGAGUCUCUCAACACAACAUGGCUUAAUCACAUAUUAAUCGAAGAGCUAUUUCUCAAUACAGAUUAUCCAGAAUUCAAAUACAAUGUUGAUAAAGCACUGGAGCGCGGUCUUAUUUCUUCACUAAGCGUUGCUAGCCACAUCACUACCAUUUUUGGUCAGCAGGAAGGAUAUCAUCUCGGAAGAGUGUUGGAAUAUCAGACGGUAACUUCUUCAACGGCUUUGAGGUGGUUGUUGAUUGCAUAUGGAUCACAUUCAACACGGAAAUUUUUCGUGGAUAGCUGUAUGAAUGUUGUGAAGGUGGUUGAUGGACUGUUGGAAACGCAACCGGGACGAAGUGUAUACAUGCAAGAUGACCAACUUCGUGCUCAGCAGAGCAAAACAGAGGAGUGGCUCAGAAAAUUAAAGAAGUGCGCGGAAGUGUUGAAUUAUUGGUUGCGAGUCGUCGAAGAGCAACUUAAAUUCGAUCAGCGCUGGGGCACAGCCAAGAAGUGGGUUUUGCAUGAGGACGGUUGGGGACAUUUGGAACAGAUCUGGAGAACAGGGGUCAUCGAGAAGUUGACGAUGGAUCUUUGGGACGCGAAGUCGAAUAUCACGUUGAAGUUGAUAGAGACAGGUCAGAAUCUUGACUGUGAUCUACAAUAUGUCAAUUUGUUGCGAGAUGCAGGUGUCGCAGAUGGCGGAGAACCAGAAAGAUUGAUAUUCUGGCCCCAGACUGGCAAACUAGAAUGGGUUUAUUCAACACAGGAGCCAGGCAUCUCGAAGGUGGCAGCAGAGCAAAUUCGAAUCAGUGCAGAUCUUUUCUUGAAUAGCAUUUCGCGACAAUGCCAAGUUGCUGCUGCCCCAGACAUUGCUUCUCAUGUAGAGCCAAGCAACCCUCAGGCCGAACAAGAUACGCUGGAUCAGCAUUCUGCUCCUCAAAUACUUAUAAACGGAAUUUCUGAUCAACAGGAAGUUACUUCUCAAGGUCCCACUGAUUGCGAUACUACUACAGGCUCAGAAAUUACUUCUCAUACAUCAGUUGGAAAUACUCUUGUAGAACAAGACACGGCACAACAAGGACUUCCAGAUCUGCCUUCUAACAAUCGGACACAUGAAAAUAUCGCACCUCGAGUCAAGACAAACAUGCUUGCUACUGACUGGGAAGAUACCACUUUAGUACGUCCAGGCAAAUCUACAACAUGGUAUUGGGGUCGAGAACCACGUCCAAUCGGCCAUGAUAGUGUUCCUCGAGAACUAGAAGAGUCUAGAUUCUGGUAUUCUGCAAGAAAGUCGUCUGACACACCGCAUGCCAUUGAAGCUAGCGUAACAGCACCUAUUUCGUCUUCUCCGCAAGCUAAGGCCGAGGACGAAAAUAAGUCGACUUCUAGAGUUGGAGGGUUUGACCGCGGUAGUAACACAAUUCUAGGCAUUAAGGAUGAGACUAUCAAGGAGGAAGAUAUAGAAGACUCUAACUCUGGUUACAUUACAAGCAAUAAUCGACCAUAUACUCAUAUUGAUUUGGCUGACCUAGGAAAAAGAUUGGCGGUUUUGGACGCUGCAGAACUGGGAGCAGCGGAAGAAAGUAAACAGCAACAAAAUCGAAGCUUAGCCGAACAGUUAUUGUUGGAUUUACCAAGAAGAGACACGCAACUUAGAGAGGAACUCCAACAUUCUGCGAGAAUAAAGAAGACUCUACUAGAUAAGCUAGACAGUGAUACACCGAUAGGUUCGAAAAUGGAUGCGGUGGGAAUAUUUCUUGAUGCGAUAGAAGAAGAGACUGAGAAGAUGCAAGGAUGGACAGAGGACCUGCGGGAAGCCGAGGCGGAGAUCGACCGCGGUUAUGAUGGAGAUUGGGAGGAGGGAUCGCAAAGUGAGGAAACGCAUAACACGCAAGCAAUAUUGGAAACAAGUGUGGGAUACUCAUCAUCAUCGAAAGGAAAGGAGCAUACACAGACAGUUGAAGAAUCUUCUGUAAUGUUGCUUGGAGAGGGAGAAAGUAUUGAGAACGAGAAGCAAAAGGCUAAGACAGGUGUGCAUGGGGAAAAAGAGGAGACAGAUGCAGGCGAAGUGACGGAACCCGCGUUGGCCCAAGCAGUCGGACGAUUGCCAUUGGGAGAUUGGAAUGAUGGCAGCGUGACUGGCUCAGACACUCGUGGCUAUGAUGGCGUCGGUCCAAGUCCGUCAGUUGAGGCGAAACUACCAAGGCAGACUAUACAGCAGAAGAACAUAACAUCUUCUCGCCAUCCACUGGUAACUGAUCGGGGGCAAAGACAGAGAUAG